UCCAGUGAACGCGUAAGGAUGCAAAGAUUAUAAAUCGUUUGACCAAAAAAAAAAAAAAGACGAUAUAAACCGUAGCUUAUAUCAUCUAAUUGCCCUUAUUCGGUCGAGGAAGAAAAAUAAUCCAGAAGAUUACGGCAAUGGCAUACGUCGAAGGAGGUGUUGUUAAAGCGAAGCGAUCAAUAUGGAGACUAAGGACGAUUAAAGAUUUCUUCUUGUCAAUCAUUAAUCUGAUACAAGUCUUCUUUAUAACCAUGUUCUCCAUGGAGAAAUCAGAUGCGUACAGGAAAGGCUCUGGGGCUAACAAGAAAUGGGAUGGUGGCCGACCUGGUGGUGGUGGUGGUGGAGGGGGAGGUGGUGGUGGAGGAAGUGGACGCCCUGGACCUCCUCGUGGCGGCCUCGACAAUGUGCGUGGCUUGAAUGAUAUCCGUGGAGCUGACCCAGUAAGUAACCUUUUGAUAUUUACUUCUUUUACUGAUGGAGAUGAUGAAUCAUGGGUUUGUAGUUUAUAUGAUGUGUUGAUGAUAGUUUCAUAUUCAUGGGUAAAUUUGAUUGGUUGUUUUUCAGAUUCUACCGGCAUGUGGCUCGUGCUGUGGCUGAGCCUUUGUUUGUACAGAGCGCCAAGAACAAAUGAGGGCAUAUAUAUUAUAUGUGUUGAAAUGGUGCUCUGGAAUUUGAGAAAGCAAACCAUGAUCUAGUCAAGCUUUUUGUAUCUAGUCACUGGGAACAUUUAAAGUUGUAAACUUUUUUUUUUCUUUUUAAGUUGUAAACUUGCCCUUAAAUAGUUCGUAAUUUUCAUGCAACAUAAUUAUAUAUUUGGGAUGAGACGAUUGAAAAGUUUGUGUAUUAGCCUUCUUUUUAAAUAUACUUCCUUUUGACUA